AUGGGCGACGUCUCCCUUGACCAGCGCCGCAGGCGCAAGCCCGCGGCCAAGACCGAUGCCCCGGACGCGAUCGUUCCCGACGUUGAUGCGGGCUCGGGAGAUGCCGGGCCGGCGGGCCGGCAAGAGCCUAACGCUGCGCCGGGCAAGCUGGCUCGCAACGACAGGCAGCGCAAGGCUACGAACGGAAUCUGGAUUCUGCGUAUUCCUCGUGCGGAGAAGGACAACGCCAAGCUCGACCACCUGCAGGCGAAGUUUUCGGGCCUGCUUGACACUGUCAAGGUCUUGAACGAGUCCCUGCGUCUGAAGCGGGUCGUCCUCAAGGAGCGGCAGGAGCUCGUGAACGAGGAGAUGACGCGCUUCCGGGCGGCCCAGGGCGAGUACAAGGCCAAGGCGGACGAAAUCAUGCCCCUCAAGGAGCGCCUGGAGGGCCACGACAAGGAGGCGCGCGAGAUCCGCGAGGCCCUUCGCGAGAUCGAUUGUCGGUCGGAGGAAGAGCUGGACGCGCGCAUUGAGUCGUACGAGCAGAAGAUCGCGCACGAGACGAUGCCGCUGGCCCAGGAGAAGGAGCUGAUCAAGCAGAUCAAGAAGCUCAAGGCGCAGCGCUCCAUCAUCGUGGAGCUCGCGCAGCGCCAGGCGGAGCUGACGGUGGGCAAGAGCGAGCGGGAGGAGCUGUCGGCGCAGAUCAGGGACAUGCGCGGCGAGCUCGCCAUCCUGAAGGGCGACAAGGACAUCGUCAACGUCGCCGUCAAGUCGGUCAUGGCCGAGCGCGACCAGAUCCGCGAGGAGAUCAAGAAGAUCGAGGCCGAGCGCGAGGUGCUCGUGGCCCAGAAGGACGCGGUGUACGCCGAGCGGAGCGCCCUGCGCGACGAGUACCGCGCCCGCGACGCCAAGUUCAUCGAGCGCAUCAAGCUCAAGGACGCGGCCGCGGAACUCGUGGCGGGCGGGAAGGCGCCCGAGGCCCGCGAGCGCGUGUCGACCUUCGUCGAGAAGUACUGCACGCUCUACUGCACGGACCCGGCCUUCCGCAAGGAGUACCUGUCGCUUACCGAGCGCUCGCGCCGCCGCAGGAACGCCGGCGCCGGCGAGGACGAGGACCCCGCGCCCAAGGGCAAGAAGGGGGCCAUGAAGGACAUGAUCGCGCAGGCGCAGAAGGAGAAGGAGGAGGGCCCGCAGCUCUCCCCGCGGUCGCGCGCGCAGCAGAUCAUCGACCAGGCCAUGAGCGAAGCGCAGGCGCAGAUCGCCGCGCAGAACCGCAUGCCGCCCCCCGCGGAGCCGGAGCCCGAGCCCGAGGACAGCGAGGAGGUGGAGGAGGUGGCUGCGCCGCCGCCGCGCGCCAACCAGGGAGUCGUCGGCGCCGACGGACUGGCAAAGCCCCGUGCCCGCAAGGCGGCCGCCCCGUCCUCGACGACCACCGCGGAGGUCGAGGUCCCCGUCGUGCCGGACUUCGACCUGGAGAUGCCCAACCUCCCCGCCAAGGAGGCCACGCCCAAGAAGCCCACCAAGCGCGAGAUCCGCGAGCGCGAGAUCCGCAUGGCGAAGGAGGCUGCGGAGAGGAAGGCCAAGAUCGCGGAGAACAGGGAGAAGAAGAAGCAGCGCCAGGCGCGCCGCCAGGAGGAGUCCGACACGGAGCGCACCCGGCUGCGCAUCAUGCAGGAGCUGAUGGACACGACGGAGGCCGAGACGUCUGGGGCCGAGAACACCGGCGCGGACACUGCCGACGAGGCGGCGCCGCCUGCUGCCACGCCCCAGGUCCCGGCACCCACCGAGGCCGCCAUGAUGCAGCCCGCCAAGCACCCCCGCAGGCGCAGGACGAAGCCCGCGAAGGGAGUCAAGGCAACCAUGGCUGUCGCGCAGAAGAUCGUCCCGUCCAGCCUGACCACUCCGAUCGCCGUGGCCAUCGGCACGUUUGGCGUCAUGAUGCUGGUCAUCGUGGCACUGAUGGUGUUCCCCACGACUGCUGUCUAA